GCCUCUUCAGUUGGCAGCAGGUGCCGGCGGGCCCAGUGCAGCGCACGGCCGCGCACCUCCUCGCCCUCGCGUCAUCUGCAGGCGCCGCCUUACCCAGCCCAGACAGUGACGCCGCGGCAACCGGCAGCGGCGAAAGCGGCGCGGUGGCUGUGUUGGCGCAGGAGCGGCUCGAGGCGAUGCGCGCGUUUGCCAGCCGUGCGGCGGCCGGGGAGCGGCUGGGGGAAGCGGAUCUGCAGGCGGCGGCGGCAGCGGCUGGGGCCCUGCCGUUGGCCGGGCUGGGGCUGCUGCACUUUGCGUGCGGGCUGCUUGGCGUUCCAGCGACCUACGAGGAUGAUCGCUGUGCGGCCAGCGUCCCGCAGCUGGUCGCACUGCUGCAGGCCGUCGCGGCAGCUGUGCCUGCGCGCGCGUCCGGCGUCGCGGCGGCGCUAGGGGGCGCGCUGGCUGCUAUGGGUGUGCGGCGGCAGGAGCUGGCGGAGCGCGUCCUGGGGGUGCUGGCAGAGCUGCUGGCGGGCGGCUUCCCUGCAGAGGUGCUGGCCGCGGCAGAGGACUGGGCCGUGGGCGAAGGCCGCGCCGACCCCUCACUCGUGCGCAAUUUCGUGAUGCGCGUGCUGGAGCGUGCGGGGCCGCCCUACUCCCAACAAUUUGCAAGACCGGUGCUGCGACUCAUGGCGGCAGGGAAGAUGGGGGUUGCGGCCAAAAGGGCCGGCCUGGGCGGUGGCGUGCUAGGGGGUGCGGCAGCAGCGGCGGGCGGCACCGCGGGCGGCGGCGCAGCGGAGCGGCUGAGGGAGUUUGCUGUUGAGUGCCUGGAGGGCGUGGGCUUUGCGCCGCCAUUGACUGAGGAGGAGAGCGAAAUGCUGGAGCGGCUGGCGGCGUGA